GGCCAUUGCAUAGAGAAGCUCUCGUAGGCUGACUUAAUUGGCUGACUCCGGCCAAGUGGAGCGCCGGAGCUUCGCUGGUUCGCCGCAAGGGAAGGGACACCUCUCAACUUUGCAUGUUGUUUAUCACAUCCAGUCACCCAGCAGCAACCAGUGCCUUGCUAUUACUUCUAGGAAUAUAUAUUCGUCACUGUGAACACAUUAAUCGCCUGCAAAUAUUGUGAGAAUAUCGCCAUUCUGACGAGACCGUCCACGAAUUCUCCCUCACCAUGCUGUCAGCUCUCGGCGGUAACCUGUCCAAUGCGCGACAAUCGCUCGCCCAAGUCCUGAACUUCGCACUAGUUCUCUCUACGGCGUUCAUGCUAUGGAAGGGAUUAUCGAUAGCGACAAACUCCAGUAGCCCCAUUGUGGUGGUUUUGUCCGGGUCUAUGGAGCCCGCUUUUCAACGUGGAGAUUUGCUAUUUCUUUGGAACAGAAGUGAACGGGCAGAGGUUGGGGAGAUCGUAGUAUACAAUGUGAAGGGCAAAGAUAUCCCAAUUGUGCAUCGCGUUGUUCGAUCGUUCACAGAGGAGGACCUUAAGUUGAAGACCAAGAAGGCUCGUUCUGAACCCAAAACCAUCACCGUCACGCCGUCGCAAAAACUGCUCACCAAGGGAGACAACAACCCGGCCGAUGACACCGAGCUAUAUGCCCGUGGACAGGACUACCUCGAUCGCCAGGAAGAUAUCGUAGGCAGUGUACGGGGCUAUGUACCCGGAGUUGGAUAUGUGACCAUCAUGCUCAGCGAGCACCCGUGGUUGAAAACAGUACUUCUGGGUGUCAUGGGAUUGAUGGUCAUAUUACAGCGCGAAUAAUGUGUGAGAUAACGGAUUGUGUUGUUCUUGGACUGUAUAAAAAAUCAAAUCUAUUAGCGAGUUCCCACAUUGUGUUGUAUUUGUAGCGUAUGUGUAAAGUUCUAGUGCGACAGUAUUGUUGUAUGAGGCAACCAGAAAUGGCAGUUACCCACCUGACUCACGAUUCGGGCGCCGCGCUCUGCUCUCCUUCUUUUUCCUCC